AUGCCAGCGCUGUGGCAGUCAUCGCAACGCCCUAUGUACAUUAGGACCGUGUGGGUGGACGGAUUCCGGCACGCAAUUCUAACGCAAGACGACCCGCAUUACAUAGAACUAUACGCCAAGCGGCGAAGGCCCCACUCAUCCGCCAGCAUCAACCCCAAACGGAAAUCGCAAGGGUCACGGCUGAGCCACCGCAGCGACACGAACUGCUACCGAAACCAAGAGCUGAUCGUCACUAGCGACAGGACCAGGAUUGGCGAAGAACUAGAGAUCGAGACGCUCAAUCUAACAGAAGUGCAAAUCGAAGAGGGGGAUAUUUCAAAAGACUCCACGUCGUCUCAGUGUGGGAUAAAGAAUCACCGGUCGAAUUUUACGACCAUCGAGAUGAUGGCGGUGAAAACCAAUAGAACGGCGCGAGUGCAAGUGAGAGACACCAACGAACUGUCAGAUAGGGUGCUCCAAUGGCUGGACUUGGCCGGUAAGGUUGAACUUGUGGCGACGGAGAACGAAAAGCGAAUAUGCGAGCCGAGACACAGCUGGCCGACGAUAGAAAGGCGAAACCCGUCCAAAUCUCGCACGGUCAACGACAUUAGAACGAGGGAGUGCAAACUGGCGGCGGACGAAUCCGAAACGGGCGACUCGAUCGAUAGACGCGCCCUCUACGCGCCGACUUCGGUGACGACGGUCGAGAAUUACGCGAAACGGUCACGCAACGUAAAGCACGCGACACGCGACAGCGCCACGAAGGCGAGGAACAACAAACGGAACAGAGACAUGACGACGAACGUAGCGGAGACCAGACAGAAGAUGCUAGACGAGAGGGGCGCGAUGGAGAAACAGUACGCCGAGUUGGUGAACAGGAAAAUCAUUCAAGAUAUGAGCAAAACGAAGAAACAAGUGCACAUUUUCAUGCCAGAGUCGAUAGCGAAGGGAGUUGUGUCCAAUGCAAAUAGCAGGACUGAGAGUUUGCUGUCUCAGAAAUCU